CCGGUCGUAUGGGAUCGCGCGACCGCAACGUUCUCUCGCGCAAAACUCAGUUUAUCGCGAUCAUUUAUUCGCGAAGGAUGCUGUCGCGAUCCAACAAAUCGGGGGUUUGAUCGAACACAAUAAAACGACGCGCGACUCGGCUGUAACAUUUUUAUAAAUUUUGCGUGUAAACGUCGCGAACCGCGCGGGGUUUUGUUGCCGUUUUUAUUCGGUCGCGGCGCCAGAUUUAGCGGUUCACUGCCGCCGCUGCUGGUCGGUGAAAGUGGGCGAUUGUUUUGUUGUCCGACACUUUUAACGUCUUCCGAAUUGUUGUGCUGCGUUUGGUGUUUCGUUUUUUGAAUGAAAUAUUUUCGUAAAAUGUUCGGUUCGUUCGCGGGUGUAAAGUGACGAUGAGUCAGAAAAUGCUGCAGGUUGUACCGGAGAAAGAGCUACGCAAAUACCGUGAGGGUUCUUGGCCCGAUAUCAAGAGCAUUCAGGAGGAGGAGGAGGAGUAUGUGGACAAAAAAGCACGUCGCAAGUCGUGGCACGCAAUAAAAUUCGAGAAAAAGCGACGGAAAGGGGUAGCCGAGUCAAAUUCGCCGCCGGUGGCUAGACGCGAGAAGAGAGGCUCUUGGUGGAACAUUUUCGCAAAUCAGCCUAGGUCCAGAAGAGCAUCCCAGGAUGUAACGAAGGUGACCAAGGAUUUUCCAUGGAUUAGGAGCAAAAGUAGAAGCGUUGAUCACGGUAUAUCUUCACCGUACGAUGUGGAUGAGCUGCGAAGGAAGGUCGACAUUCACGGAAGUUUAAAUAGAGAUAUUGACGGGUCAACAAACAGUCUUUCGGAGAGAAAACGGACCGGGCCUCCAGAAAAUACAACAGUCUACAACGUAGCAGAUAGAGACACACUUACUUCUGUAGCGGCGCGUUUUGACACGACGCCUUCUGAAUUAACCAAAUUGAAUAGGCUUGGGACCCCUUAUAUUUUUCCGGGACAACAACUUUAUGUUCCCCUCAGAGAGUCAAUCAAAGACGAGUCUGAAGGAUCCACCCCAGUUGAAGAUCUUCACGAUGAUUUGCCCGCCGAAGAAAAAGAAUUGCUUGAAAACCUUCGGCCGGUCAGUCCGAAACCCGGACACGUUGAAAGGGUUCGAACACCUUCUACCAACCAAAGUAUAUCUGUUGAACAAGAUGAGGAACCUAUAUCUAUCACCAGGGAAAGAUUUCUUAAAAUUAACGUUAGACACAUUACCGACGGCGAAGGAGUGGUGGCAGGUGUAUUAUUGGUCACUCCAAACGCUGUGAUGUUCGAUCCAUACGUGUCAGAUCCUCUGGUAAUAGAAAAAGGACCAGAGGCUUACGGCGUUGUAGCUCCUAUGGAAUUUGUUGUCAAUAUUGCCAUUUACACUGAUAUAGCGCACAUGCGAGUUAGUCAUCUUGAAAGUGCUAUGAGUGAUAAAGCUGAAAUCUAUUACCCUAAACAUGAAAAGAAUUCGCAAAUUGUGAAAGACGGAACGUUUUCAGAGUUAGUAAUUGCCACCGAUGAUGCAGAAUCUGUUUGCUCAUGUACCGAACGAGAAGGAGAUGCUUUUCCAAAAGCUUUUGAACGUGACUUGGUUACUCCUACAAACUUAGACAACCCUGAAAAUGAACAUAGAUCUCUCGAGGAAAGGCGAAAGUCAUUACUAGAUCAUCACUGGCCAAUGACUUCUCGCGAAAGGCAGUCAAUUGAUACAGACGAGAUACCAGCAAUUUCUUCAUCUAUUCAAGAAGACAGCACUGAAGAGAAGCCGGAUGAUGACGACGACGACGAUGAGAUCAAACAGAGUUGCCACGAUUCUGGUAUUGACAUUAGAGAAUCUAGUUUGCCUCCUGUUAUUCCAGUACCAACGAAAAAGCAGUACAGCGAUGCCGAUAUAGUAUUAUCCAAAGAUUGGGUGCCUCCAAUAACCAUUGCCUCUUUGACGGUCGGCAGUGAUACCGAGAGCCCGGCGAGAAAGAAAACCAAUAGUGUGUCUUUUAGCUUGGAUUCGAGUGGGGAUGCUGACGCAAUAACGCAGCUCUCUUCAAGUUUUGUUAAUUCCAAAGAGGAUGCUGAAAAGUCUGACAGCAAAAAAAAUAGGAUGUUAAAAAGACUGUCUUAUCCAUUAUCAUGGAUGGAAACCUUAGGAGGGGAUAAGGAUGAUGAAAAAUCGCCUAGUCAAGUCGCAGAUACGCAAUCUUCAUCAAUGUUUUCGAAAGUAUUUUCAAGCUCACCAAUUCAUUUGGAUUUCCGCACGAGUCUAUUCACAAAAACGCCAUCCGAAGACAGCGGUAGUUCCGGAGGGCCACAGUCUGCCGGAAGUGGGGGACCACCUCUUACCGGCGAGAGUGGCGCCUCUUCGUCGUCGAGUUUUUUUCCAACUAACAUUAUUAGUUCGGUCGGGGCUUCUGUCGGGGCUGUUGGCGCGCAAGUCGGCGCCCAAGUUGGGGCAAUGAGUGAUUUGGUAGGGGCGCAAGUAGGCGCCAUCGGUUCCACUGUCGGAGCAGUGGGUGCGCAAGUCGGCGCUUCAGUUAGUGCCGUGGGGCGUUCGUCUGUUGGAACGUUGAUGAGGCAGCCGACAGAAAGUAGUAAGAAAAAAGACCAAAAAGAGCCUCCUCCAAAGCUUGAUUAUAGGUCUAUGGUUUCCGUUGAAGAUAUGCCCGAAUUAUUUGCCUCUUUUGAUAAGCUUAUCCCAACGCCAGCGCGUUCUUGCGAAGAUCCCCCUUUAUAUUUACGCUUGCGGAUGGGAAAACCACUCAAUAAAAAAAUUCCCCAGUCUACCCCACUGAUGUCCUACGGCAAAAAGAAAAUGCGUCCUGAAUAUUGGUUUAGCAUACCAAGGAAUCGGGUAGAUGAAUUCUAUAGAUUUGUUCAGGCUUGGUUUCCUCAUCUAUAUGGCGAGAUUGAUGAAGAAAAGAUUUUGGAGAGAGGUUUUAGUCUUGUUGAGGUUGAUACAGAGUUGUGGAGUGAAGAACCUACCCCUUCAAAUAGUCGCCACGGCAGUCAAGGGGAAGAGAUUGCGGAAAUAAGUAAGGAAAGCUGGGAGCUUAUCAAGGCUCCCUAUGUUAAGAUCUACAACAUCAUCAAGACACAGACUACGUCUGAAGGAAGCGUCGAUGAGACUAUUCCCGUUCCCGAGGAGUUCAAGAGGACAUUUUAUGGUUCCGGCACACCAUCGAUAGAUAUAGAGUUCACAGUCCCAGAACUGAUAGGAACCACGGAAAUAUUGACCGAUUACCACAGGGAGUCAUUAUGUAGGCAUUUGCCAGCCAGAGCAGAGGGAUAUGCAUGGACCCUGGUGUUUAGUACGAGUCAGCAUGGAUUUAGUUUAAAUAGUAUGUAUAGGAAAAUGUUCAAAUUGGAGUCGCCGGUCCUCCUAGUCAUUGAAGAUACUGACAAUAAUGUUUUUGGUGCUCUAACUUCAUGUGCUCUUCACGUGUCCGAUCACUUUUACGGAACUGGUGAAUCCUUGCUCUUCAGGUUCACCCCCGAAUUUCAAGUUUACAACUGGACGGGAGAGAAUUUAUAUUUCAUCAAAGGAAAUAAUGAAUCCUUGAGCAUCGGUGCGGGAGAUGGAAAGUUUGGCCUUUGGCUCGAUGGGGACCUUUAUUUAGGUCGCUCAGAAAAGUGUAAAACCUAUGCAAACGAAUCACUCACCCCAAAAAUAGAUUUCGUUGUCAAAACCUUAGAGUGUUGGGCGUUUAUAUCAUGUUGAAAAAAAAGAAGAGUUUUUUGUUAUCCUGAAUAUUGAAUAAUGAUAACAUCAUUUUUCAGUAAGUAAACCGAUGGUGCAUAUCAAGAAAUGAGAGUACGGAUUUUUAAACUAAAAUAGAAUUGCUUUGUAGUAUUGACAUACUGCACAACCACUAUUUAAAAUAGUUUUUAAGUUAUGUAGACUGUAAGAUGAUCGAUCAACUGAAGAAUUAAACACAGUUACCAUUUACUUAAUGCAAUACAUUGCGCCUUGGAUGUAUCCAAUUGCUGUGUACUCACUUGCAAAAGAGAGAAGCCCGCUUUGUUAAUAGGGUGUGAUUUUAUUAAAAGUAUUCAGUUUCUUGUUGCUUGUUUUUGUUCACAACGAAUUUAAUGGCAUACCACAGCUUUCAAGUGCUUGUGAAAUUUUUAAGACGAUUGUCUUCAAAAAUGUUGGAAACAGGAGCUUAAGUUUGACAAUAUCUAAGUCAGGAUUCAUUUUUACCAAUCAAAUAAAUUCUUCGAUGAGAUAAAAGGUCGAUGUCAUUUUGUCAAUUAGGCAUUAUAGAAACCUGCCAUAUCCAUAGUCAAUUUACAAUUUAGACAUAAUUUUUGUUACAAUUAAAAAUUAUAGGAUUCCUUUAGGAUCUUGUUUGGUAGAGAUAGGGUUGCUUAAAAGAGUGAAUUGUAUAUUGACGUAAUGUCUUAGAAACCAACUAUAAACAUUGUUCUGUUUAUUGAAUUUGUUCAUACAACCAUGGAGGGUUUGUUUAGUCUAUGAUCCAAUUUGGGAUAACUACCUAUUUUAUUACCGCAGGUCUAAUAUUAACACAAUAUGUGGCCAACUAUCAGGGGCCAAUAGAUCUUUCAAUAGAGGCCUAAGGAUAUCUGUCUUUACAGGCGACCAUCUAAAGUUGAACUUUCAAAUUUUACUGAAGUUUGAGGUAAAGAAAAAUUGCCGCAAAUCUAAAAACGCUCAAGGUCUGGAAUCAGGAAUUUUUCCGCUAGUACUGUAGAGAAAUUUAGUAUAUUGCUUUAAAUCUCAUUUGAUAUAUUGUUUAAUCAAAAAAUAUAUUUCACAAAAAAUCUAAAAAGAAUUAUGUCAAUGAAGAUUGGAACUUCAGUAAAUAAUUUGGACGUGUCUAUAAUAUUUUUUCUUUUUGAGCAUAUAUAUUUUACAUACCUAUAUAUUAAUCAUCAAAUCAUUUGGUAAUUUAGCCUUGUUACUGGUUAAAAGUUGUAGUAUAGAAAAAAUUUGAUGUGUGUUUUUAUUGUCUUCUUUUGUUUAUUUAUGAAGUCUGGCCUUAAAUGUCUUGUCAGAAUUCUGGUAAUAUAUUAAGUAUUUCUAAAAUGCGCCUUCUUGUCUUGUAUUUUUUUACACAAACAUAAAUUACACAUUGUGACCAAUAUUCCUCCAUUAUUUAGUAUUUUAUAUCUUUUUUUGGAUGUUCUGUAAACAAAAGAGUUGUCAAAAAUUGUAUCGCCUUAUUAAAAAUAAAUUAAUAUUGUUAAUAUUUUCCUACAUAAAACCAUUGCAAGCCUGGAUAUCUAAAUUAUUAAACUCAUAUAAAUAUUUGUGAAUAAAAUAAACAUGGCGGAAAAAAUUUUUUUAUGUAUUGAAAAUAUAUUAAUCAGAUUAUUUUAUCUUGGCUUUAAGCAAUGAUAGUUUGCAUUUGGGAGGUUACAACUUAUCCCGCAUCGAAACUAUGUGUAUUUAGAUUUGAUAAUUAAAAUUUGCUUUUUAGCCUGCAGCGAAAAUUGAACAGGUAUGCAAAUUAAUCUAUUGUAGAUUAGUUUUAUCAAUGUCCUUUUGUGUAUAAACUUUUGUUAGAAAUAUGUAAAAAAUGUAUAUAACAGUAUAUUAAAUGAAUUGAUAGUUGAA